CGCAGUCGUGGUGGUUGCAAUUGUAAGAUGCGGAAAAGAUGAUUAAUCCUGCUUUCGACGCGUCGCGCUCGACGCGCCAGCCAGCUAAUUCAUAAUUUUCAUUGCUUUGGGACGCGUCAUGACUGGUGAUGGCCAAAUGGAUGUUGACUCUACGCCAUUACUUGACAAGGGUAAAGGAAAGGCUGUAGGGAGAUAUGAGCCGCAUGAGGAUGAGAAUUUGCCUUGGGUAGAGAAGUAUCGACCAGUCACACUGGACGAUGUGGUUUCACACAAGGAUAUCACAACGACAAUUGUGAAAUUCAUUGAGAAGAACCGCUUGCCUCAUCUUCUAUUCUACGGUCCACCUGGGACUGGGAAGACGUCCACAAUUCUUGCAGUGGCGAGACGAAUUUAUGGAGCAGAAUACAAGAAACAGAUAUUGGAGCUCAAUGCAUCGGACGACAGAGGUAUAGAUGUAGUGCGCGAACAGAUCAAGCAAUUUGCCGAGACCCGAACAUUAUUUUCGAAAGGCUUCAAGCUCAUCAUCCUCGAUGAAGCCGACAUGAUGACACAGCAAGCUCAAGCUGCACUACGUCGUGUCAUUGAACAAUACACCAAGAAUGUGCGGUUUUGCAUUAUCUGCAAUUACGUGAACAAGAUCGCUCCGGCAAUUCAGAGUCGAUGUACGAGAUUCCGUUUUUCGCCACUGCCCAUUGCAGAGGUGGAGAAGCGUGUGAAUACCGUCGUGGUAGCUGAGAAGGUGAAUCUAACUCAGGACGGCAAAAAGGCCCUUUUAAAGCUGUCGAAAGGAGACAUGCGGCGAGCCCUUAAUGUCCUACAAGCAUGUCACGCAGCAUAUAGCUCUAUCGGAGAGACUGAAAUUUAUAACUGCACUGGAAACCCUCACCCGUCAGAUAUUGAAACCAUCGUAAACUCCAUGCUUUCCGAUGAAUUCACCACUUCUUACCAAAUGAUCUCGGCCAUGAAAACAGAACGUGGACUUGCACUGCAAGACUUGAUAUCGGGUACAUAUGAAUACGUGGAAACGAUUGAAUUCAAGCCACAGGCCCGAGUAUAUUUACUUGACUUCCUAGCUACCACCGAGCACAGAUUAUCGACCGGCGGGAGUGAGAAGAUGCAAUUAUCUGCUCUACUUGGAGCGUUCAAAAAUGCUGUAGAGCUCUCUGCGAAGUGAUACGUCGUACAAUUGAAGUACCUGACAACAACCUUCCACAAGGUUUCCUGUACCCUAAUCUAAUUUCCCGAGUUGUAUUUUGUGUCACAUUCACAAUAUCCUAGUAGAUCACCAAAUUCGAAAUUACCGCAGACGUGGCGUUCACAAUC